AUGGAAAAAACCACAGAGGAACCAUUGCAAUUGUUGAACGGGAUUUCUGAGAAUGCCAUCCAAUGGCCAUCUGAGUGUGUAAUUAUCAAGAAGGCUGCUACGGUGAAUACACAACAACCAAGCCAAUCUGAGGCAUGUGACAUGUGUGGAGGAAACCAUCUGAACCAUGAAUGUCAAGCAAACAAUCAUAAUGACGAACAUGUCCAUUCUGUCGGUUAUAAAUCGUACCCUUUUGAGAGUCCAAUGGCACAAAAGCAUCCAGGAUUUCAAUGGAGCAAUCCAAAUGGUGCAGAGAACUCUCAAAGCUUCCAGAAGCAAAAGUACAAGGUCACUGACAAAAAGAUGGAAAGCCAGGGUUCAACCCUCAAAAAUCUGGAAAUUCAAUUAAGCCAAAUAGCAACUCUUGUGUCAGAAAAGAUUCAAGGUCCCUUGCCAAGCAAUACCGAGAAAAAUCCAAAGGAGCACCUUAAGGCCAUCGCCUUACGGUCAGGUAAGGAUCUUGAUAAACCCUAUGCAGACCAGUCAAAACAACAGAUUCAUAUCAAUAUUCCUUUCACUAAUGCUUUAUUGCAAAUGCCUUCUUAUGCCAAAUUUCUAAAAGAACUUUUGUCAAGUAAAAGGAAAUUGGAAGAAGUUUCUGUGGUGAUGCUUACUGAAAAAUGCAGUGCUAUACUUCAAAAUAAGCUACCACAAAACUUGGUAAUCCAGUUUGCAGAUCAAAAUACUAUGAAACCUAAGGGAAUAAUUGAAUAUGUGCUUGUAGGAGUAGAUAAGUUUGUUUUCCCUAUAGAUUUUAUAGUACUUGAAAUGAAGGAAUGUCUUGAUGAACCAAUCAUUUUGGGUAGACCAUUUCUUGCCACAGGUAGAGAAAUCAUAGAUGUCCAUCGAGGACAACUAAUUUUGAGAGUUGAUGAAGAAAGAGUCAUUUUUGAUAUGCAAAAGAUAUUAAGAUUUUCAGGAGAUGAGACAUCAUCUUCGUGUUUUUCGAUUGACAUGCUUAAUUAUCUUACAGAUGAAUUCAAAGAUGAUCAAUUAAUUCCAGACUCAAUGAAAGGUGUUUGGCCAAAUCUGGCACAACACAAGAUGAUGAUCCUAUCAUCAGAAGAGAAGCCGAAAUAA